AUGGCGGACACUGCCUCGAAGCAUCGAGCUGAGUUUGCCUUUGCUCAGCUUGAGAACGAGAGAUCUCUGACAUCUCUUCGUGACGAGCUAAGGGUAGCUCGUGGGAUUGUUGAUCGGUCUCGGGCUGAGAUAACUGCUCUUCAGACCCUUGUUGAUGCCCACCAUCGGGAGCACAAGGCUCUCUGCGAGAUGCUUGAGCGCAAGGGCGUUCUUCAUCGGAAGAAGCAGCGCACUGAUGGUACGGCUUAA